AUGCUGCUUCUAGCUUCAGCUUUUUUUCUAACACUACUUCAGUGCUCUAAUGCCCAAAACAAAACAAGCAUUACUCCUGCAGACUGUAAUGCCAUUGAAAGAUAUGCAGGAGCGGCCCUGGAUUUGGUCAACAGACAUCGCAGAGAUGGCUACGUUUUUGGUUUAUUCCGGGUUGCUGAUGCACACGAACUACAUAUAGGAAAUUCAUCAGUCCUCUACUUAACUUUGGACGUGGUGGAAACUGAAUGCCCCGUAUUAUCCAGGAGACACUGGAGGUCUUGUGAAUACAGUGACAUCUAUUCCAUGGACUUUGGGCAAUGUAAGAUUAUCACAAGCCACCUGCUGAAGAAACCUCAACUGUAUGGAUUUAAUUGUACAUUAAGUCCAGUUCCACCUGAUUUAUUAGAGUGCAAAGAUUGUCCUGUAAAAGUUGAAGUCUUAGAAGUCACCGAGCAACAUAAAAGUAUUGCUGCAAAGGCCCUGGAGAAAUUCAACAGUGAGGGUAACCACACGAACUACUUCAAUGUGGACAAAGUUGAAAAGAUUUUAAAGAUGACUGCCUCCCGUGAAGGUCACAUUUUAGGAUUCUCUAUAAAAGAGACCAACUGUUCCAAACCUGCACAGCAAGAAGAACAAGCACUGGAAUGUGAUUUUCUGGAUGACUGGCACGCUCACGUGGGAUUCUGCAAGGCAAGAAUUAUCAGUGAUUCAGAUGAACCUGAUGGAACAGAUAUAAGCUGUGAAAUCUACCAUCCCUGGCUGUAUGACUACGGGCAAAGAUGCAAAUAUUCAGCUCUGGGACAGCCACACAGACAUCCCCAUCAUCAUUUUGGUCACAGACAUCAUCACAGGCAUGGAUGUCCACCCUCUUCUCAAUCCAGACCUGAAGACCCUGACCAUAACCAUAGUUUCAAUGAAGAACGUCAAGAUGGACAUGAAGAAACUCCCCCUCCUCAUGGACCACAUCACCACCAUCCUCCUCCUCCCCAUCAUGGACCACAUCCUCCUCCCCAAGAGGAACCACAACAUUCUCCUUCUUCUCCUCCACCUCCCCAUGAUGAAACACAUAAUCCUCCUCUUGGUCCCCAGCAUGGACCACACGGUCCUCCUCCUCCUCCUCACGGACCACAUCACCACCAUCCUCCUCCCCAUCAUGGACCACACUGUCCUCCUCCCCCUCCUCACGGACCACAUCACCACCAUCCUCCUCCCCAUCACGGACCACAUUGUCCUCCUCCCCCUCCUCACGGACCACAUCACCACCAUCCUCCUCCCCAUCACGGACCCCACUGUCCUCCUCCCCCUCCUCAUGGACCACAUCACCACCAUCCUCCUCCCCAUCAUGGACCACAUUGUCCUCCCCCCCCUCCUCAUGGACCACAUCACCACCAUCCUCCACCCCAUCAUGGACCACAUUGUCCUCCUCCCCCACAUCACCCUCCUCCUCCAGGACAUCCUCCUUUUCUCUAUCAUCACUAUUACAGACAUCACUGCAACAAGACAAGCAUUUUGGGAAAGUACUUUCCAUUCCAAGUAACAGGAGCUGUCUAUCGCAUUCCAGUUCUAAAUCAGCAGGAUACACUCACAGCUCCCUCUGCAAACUUUCCUGAGCUAUCCCAAAACAGCCCUCACUCCUUUGGCACUGGUGAAGGUAUUCCCUUCACUGGCUCAAGCCUAAAGGAGACGCCAGCAGCUCCGGGUUUUCCAGAUCACCCUACACAAUCAAAGUCAUGCCCAGGAAACCCCAUACUUGUUCUUCCAAAAAUUUUGCCUUUAUUUCCACAUAGCUCCAUGGCAGAAAAUUCUCCUACAUGA